CUGGGUCAGGCUGGCAGGCCAGUGGGCAUUAGGGGUAGUGGGCUGGGGGCCUAAGGGCCCUGGUGGCCCUAGGGACCACCAUGGCCAUGGUUGAGCGGCCUCGGCCUGGGUGGGCCUCAUAUCAAAACCCCAACAUCAACAACUGCCAGGACAUGGGAAACUCCAUUCUGCUGCUCUUGGGUCUAAUCAUCUGUAUUAACAUUGGCAUCAAUUUGGUGACCCUGCUCUGGAGCCGAAUCCGCAUCCUCUUACACCGAAUGUUCCAUAUCAUUUGUGAAAAAGAAACCAGUACUUCACUUGGGAAGCUGGUCCAGCCCUCGAAGAAGCAGACCUACCCCGAAGUCCAUCUUCGAUGUACCAUGGACCCUGUGAAGAUGACCGUGACUCCCCCACCCACUCGUCGUUACCGCCAUCGAGCGCCUCCAUCUCGCCGUGCCCGCCGCCCUGUAGCUUGGGCCCCUGAUACUGAUGAUGAGAAACCUCCACAGCAGCAUCCUGCAGUCUGUUCCCGCCACUGUGAUGAUUCUAAGGAUUGGGAAGGCUUUCAAUCUAUGCAGGAGAUGUGGGAACCUUGGACUCAGGAUGGUCUAGAGCAACCCCCCCAGACCAUCCGCUUCCAGCCAACAGUAGAGGCCAGGCCUCUCAAAACGGAAAUCCGGUCAGACCAGGGCCUAGAGGCCUAUGUGUAUACUGUAAAUCCUCCGCCUCCCAGUCCAGAGGCUUUGAGCCAUAAAAACAAUGCAGCAGGGUCAGGGGGAUGUGCCGAGGGUGAGCAAGCACAGAGCCAGCCUCUCUCACCAUCCUUUUUGGGUCCAGCAAAUGUCCCUGAAAUACCCCAGCGCCAUUCAUCAGGCCGAAUAGUCUAUGAUGUCCGAGAUGUAAGGAGAAGGUUACGAGAACUGACCCGGGAGGUGGAGGCUCUGUCCCACUGUUACCCCUUGGUCUCUGGAUCCAGUGCAGCUGAGGGGACAGGCAAAGAUUGGGUGUAUCGUCCCCUGAAGGGAAGGUGACUGGGGAUAAAAAAUAAAAAAAUAAAAAA